GAAGAAGGGAUGCGGAUCGGUCGUUAGCUCGGUAGCGGAGAGAAGUCCGAAUCGCGUGGGGUGCGGCGAAACUCGGAGAGACGGAGAGGAGAGUACAGCUAUCGAUCGAUAGCGACGCCUGUGCAGUGAGCGAGGGCCCGAGCCACGAUCGACGACCGUAGAGAGCCCAGGGGGAAACAAUCGCAUCUCUCCUUGGCGUAGCCGACGCGUCCGAGAACGCGUGUGAGAACGCGGUGUGUUGACAGUGGUCGUUGUUCCCCUUUCCUCACGUGCUCUCACGGCCGUGGCCCGUGGGUAAAUCUCCGACACGCCGUUUCACUGGCGAGGGGUUGCUUCGCCUCCUGGCUCUGCCGAGGCCAGGGCGGCCGGCUGACGGACACGCCGUCCGUAACGGCGGCAUCCUCGGCACGACGAAACGCGGCGCGUCAUGUGGCUGACAGUGCGAGAUACGUUAGGUGCGCCGAAAGUGUUAUUACUCUGGAAAUGGAGGAGUGUCGAAUGUUUGGCAUGACGUAAGUCAACCACCGAUCACCGCGGAAGAAACGGAACGACGGAACUGCCGUGCGACAGAAGGAAAUUAAAUAAGAAGGGAAAAAAAAAAAAAAGAAACAACGGACAUCGACGGACGGAAACGAGAAACGUCAAAAUGUCCGAAAACGAAACGAAGCCCGCUUCGCCGAUACCCACGGUUAUGUGCGCACAAUGCUGCAGCAAUGACAGCGGCGGCGGAGGGGGAGGCGGGGGCGGCGGUAGUCUGACGACCACGCAAUGCCCUGCCUUACAAGUCACUUCGCGGAUGCUGCGUUCGCCGAGUCACGAAAGCGUCACCACCGACCUGUCACUCUUCAGCGUGUCGUCGAUCGCGAGCGAUUUGCGCGGAGCCAACAGGUUGGUCACUUUCAAGUCUUACAGCGACGCGCAACUCGCCGGACGGGGGCCUUCUCCAAAACCGGACUCCCGACAGAUUCAGGGUAACAGGCCGGCGGACAUUCCCGAGAUUUUAUGGUUCGAGGAGGAGAACGAGCUGAUCCGCAGCUGCGGCGUCCUGUCGUCGGCAUUAGGAUUACGUAAGAGCUUCAGUACGAGCGAUGUGUCGCAGCUUCCAAGCCCGGACGCAGCCGGGGCCGGUGGCCUUCGGACGGCGGUGUCCGCCCUGGCUCUCGAUACCGCCCAGCGGAAUACCCUGCUGCUGGAACACGCCAGGCUCGACCACGCUUCGAGGUCCUGCAGUACCUGGGUUGCCGUAGGCGAGCCCGUGGCUAGCACAUCUCAGCUUCCCAGUCCGCAUGGGGGAACCGCGCAGGAGCAGCCUCAGCAGCAACAGUCGCAAUCGCAGCAUCAAUCGCAGUCCUCCUCAAACGCUCAAUCGGUGCCGCAGUUACCGCCGCAACCACCGGCACCGCCGCCGCCACCACCCGUGCCCUUCACCGGAGCGGAUCUCGUCAGAUCCGUUAAUAAAAAGGUCCGACAAAACUACAUACGACGAAGACUAUUGACGACGUAUCGCGCUUUGGAGCGUCUCUCGCAGAGUGAAUUUAACCUGGAUCAGCUAGAAGCAGCUGCUACCGCGGCGCAGAGCUCUCACGGAACAACUUUACUGGUGCCCGGGACGGCCGCAGGAGUUCCUGGUGCUUCCUUGAUCGGGCGAAAGGAGCGAAAUCACGCGUUAACAGUCCGGGACGUUGAGAGGGAACGCGGAAAUCAAUUGUCCAAGUACGAAAGGAACAUGAUGAUCUUUAAUUGGCUUCACACUUUGGACGACAGUGCAGUCGUAGACAGCGUCGAAUAAGGGACAAGGGGAAACCAGCAUUUCUCGCAACUCCGACAACAUGCGACCUAUCGUGCCUAAGUUUCUUCCCCUUCGAUAUUUUAUCGAGGACGCUUCGUUGACACUAUAUUGUCGCAUCUCGGAGAAUAUCGCUAUGUGUCAAGACUUCUGGUCUUCUCAGCUAUAUUGAAUUAUGACGUCUAAGACGAAAAGUUAAAGUGCACCUUUCUCUUGCACUAUUCAUCGAAACAAAUUACUUUUUUUCGAGUGUGCUACUUUCAUUCAAUCAAAUAGAAAAUAAAAUUUCUUUCUUGGUUUUUUUUUACUUUCGCCUAACAAACGCUCAUUCAGAUUAAUAUUUAUUGAAAUUAAUCCUUAAAAUUAGUUGUCAUUUGUUUUAUUCUUUUCUUACGUUUAUGGAAUGCAGUUUUAGACAACCAAAGAAAGAAAAAAAGUGAUAUUUAACAAAAA